AAAAAAAAGCAGACCCUGUUGACUCAAACUGCAGGCUGCCUGUGUUCUGGCUUUUCCGUGGCAGAGAAACUAUUAAUGUAACUUCUGCAUGCACUGAUAUUAGCAUUUUUGUUCCUGUGAGCCAUGUUGGACUGAGCGUAAUGCUAGCAUAUUCAUGACUGGAUCAAAUAAACGCAGCUAGGUCUGAGGACGGACUGGGAUAGACAGACAGGGGCAGUCAUGAUCCUGAUGGACCGUGGCAUGUGUCUUCCCUCUCCGGCGACCGUCCAGGAGCUGUUCUCCGUAGCUCGGGAUGCUAACGUCAUCCCUGAAAUUUCCUUGGACCCGGUCCUCACCACCUUCCUCUCUCUGGACUCCUCUGCAGCGGUGCAGCACCGGUACGCUUUCAUCCAGCGGAGCAUGAGCACGGAGCAGAGGGCCGUGUUCAACCUCAACCUCACCGGAGAGCUGGGGGGGAGCAGGGUCACCUGUGGAGGAGUGGGGGUGGUGGCUCUGGCUCUUUCUCUGCUGUUUGACCAAGUUUCCCAACAUGUCCGGGCACAAGGAUCGACGGAAGAUUUAAUUUCAAAUCAGAGAUCCAAGGCUGAGAGGAUUUUUGGCAUCAGCACAUCUUCCAGAAUCGGAUGGAUCGUCCACAGCUACCUCCGGCUCGUCCCCAGCAUCGCCAACAUCCACGAGAAGAUGGCUGAAACCACAGAGCUUUAUGACAACUGGCUGAAACGUGAGCUGCUUGACCACUAUGAGAGGAUGACCACGAAGAAGAGGAUGAGCACAGAGUCCAUGCAGCAGUGGCUAGCUGGCGCUGCAGUUCACCUGCACAUGCGAAUCCACCAGGUUCGUCUCCACUCUGUGCCAAUAGGAUCAGCUGAGUCGCUUCGUUUGUCCUACAAAACCGGUUUCAGUCACCUAGUUCAGGGUUACAGAGCCUAUCUGCACAGGAACAUCCUGGAGACUGAAGCUCCAGGGCCAACAAAGAUCUCCACUGGAACAGCCUCAGGACAAACUAACACGUCCCGCCCAAUCAAUAUGACCUGUUCUAAUAGUCUGCCUUUUAAUGACAGCUUGCUGAGUCAAACUCAUGAAGUGAAUGAUUCUAAAACACACACUUUAAGAGCAGGAGAUAACAGAGGAUGUAAAAAAGGUGGAUCCAGAGAAGACUUUGAACUCAGUGCGAUAAGAGGAAACCCUGUUAGAAACAGAGAGAUGCUCAACAACCCUACUGGAAGCGGCAGGAAGGAGGAAGAGAGCAAACUUGGCCUGUUAGUCAUUGAGUCUCAGAGAAACGUGAGUCACAACGUGCACCAUCACCCCUGUGAGUCCCCGGCCAUCCAGCAGGCUCUGGUGACCCGGAUCAUGAAUGCGCAAGACCUGGAGCACAACCGGAAUUUCUUCCUCUUCCCCCAGAGAGUCCUCCUCAGCCUUCUCAGGCAGAGGGAUGAGUUUAGGUUGAGGGCAAACUAGCUAGACAUUUUCCAAAUGUUUUUCACUGAUGGUGCAGUCACCAACAAAUGCAGAAGUGAAGGGGGAAAAAAUCAAGUAAGACCAAAAAAAAUGGAAUCACAUUCCAUUGCAGAAACAAAACACUGGCACAGAUAUAGAUAUGCCAAAGAGUCAGCAACUAGGAGAGUGCUUGUAGAGCUCAAGGAGAUGUUGAACCUGACUGUCAGGGAACGUGGCCCCAAACUAAAGACCUGACAGAAGAAACAGUGGAAAAAAGACAAUAGAACUCCCUCAAGAUAAUAAUAAAACUCAGUAUAGAUAAAGAAGUAGUUUCCCAUUCUGAUACAAACAAAAUGUUAAGGUCAUACAUUGGAAACAAAACAAAACACACAAAAAAGCACUGACAUGUAGGAGAAUAGCAAAUGCACAGCAACAGAGCUGCUUAUGAAAAUAAGAUUUAUAUCCAGCAAAGUCAACCACAAGCCAUCAGUUGAACUUAAAGAAAAUAAAACAUGGUUACGGGGGGGUGAAGAGAAGGAGCUUUAUACUGUGGAUGGUUGGAGAAAAGUGAUAAUCACUUUUGCCCUGAAAAAUGGAGAGCAUGCUGGAAUUCUGUGUGGGUCCAAUGAAACAUACAAUUACGACUAAAGAAAAGAAGCACAUUGACAAUCACUGAUAUGGGACUGACAUUGAAUAUGUGACCUAUGACCUAAAUGGCUCUAUAUCAUGUAAAUUCAUUGUCUUUAAUUCUCUAGUCUUCCAAUAAUUUAAGUCGUCAGUUAUUUUUCACGCUGUUAUGCAAUUGCAACACUUUUAUUGUAAUGAAUAAUAAUAAUAACAAAAAUAAUAAUCAUCAUCAUUAUUAUUUUUAUUAUUAUUAUUAUUAGUCAGAUCGUUCAGCUGAUAUUUAAAAUAGUUUUGGUUAAUGUAUAAAUAAAAAAAACAUCUAAAUGAACAUUGUUGGGAAGUAUUGAUUACAUUGUUUUGGCCAGGAGUUGUUUAUACUCUAGAUAUAUAUCUAGAUAUAACUGAUUGUUGUGCCGUUAUCUUUGAGAAACUGCCCAUUUCUCCCUCUUUUUUGUCGUAUCUUCUGUAAGUCAGCAUUAAAGUGGGUGCUGUUCUGUUGUUAAUUGACCACAGAUACGACUAUGCUUUCUCUUAAACAAAGUU